ACAUUGUUGUGACUAUGCAAUAUUGUGUGGGGGAGAAUUUGUUUUCACUUUCUGUGGUCUAUUAUAACCGAAAACAAAGUAGAAUUGUCUAACUGAAAACUAAAAGAUUACUCCACCCUCCAAGGUUAAAUCACGAUUGCCAAUGAUUACACUUCUUAAUUGUGAUGUUUUCAAUUCUUAAAGGACCAAGUUUAUAUAAGAAGCUUCCCGGCAAAGAACGCGUAAGUGAUUGUCCUUCGAAUAAUCAUCGAGACAAGAUGAAUUUCUGUAUUCUUUUGGCUGUCUUCGGAUUUGCCUUUACGUCCACGAUUAGCGAAGAAAAGUUGUUGGAUGAUCUCAGAGAAGAAAUGCAGAAAGCGAAAACGAGUGCACUAGAAAAGUGGUUUAAUGGUGGAGUCAAGAAAUACAAGAACGAAAUCGAUCCCUUCCCGAAAUAUGGAUAUUCCAAUUAUCCAUACUACUUUCCCAAAAGGGAGCAAACCGCCCAAAAUGGUGUCAUGCCUAGGUAUAUGGGAGAAAAACAACGGAAAUAUAAUCGCAAGAGAUGGUUAUACAUACGUCAUCGUAGUCUACCCUUGCAUGAAGAGAAAUUUAAAGACGCUGGAGGUAAACAUCAAGAACAGAAACGACGAACAAAGCAGAAACGACGACCAAGGCACUGACAAUAAUAAUAAAAUGCAAAUAAAGCUUUCUAAAUAUAUAUCUCCAAUAUCA